AACAGGAUUUUUAACAUUUUUAUUUUUUGAUCUGCCCUCAUUGCCACACGGCUGUUUGGCUGUCGCAUCUCCACUUGUCUCUGUCGUCCGAAUGGGCUGGGGGAGUAUUAUUCCGUUGAGGCUUGCACAAUUGCGACACUGAAAAGUGCAGAGGGCAAUCCACAGGCUCUCUGACCCCCCCGCCCCACGCUGAUAUUUCCAACAAAAGCCCCGAUCAGCUCAGCUCAGCUCAGCUCAGCUCGGGCUGAGAGGGAAAGGGUGAGGUAAGUUGUUUGGGGGAGAGAAAGAGGCAAAAAUAAAGAGUGCAUAGACGGGGGAUUGUGAUCAGAGUGUAAACAUAAUCAAAAACUGAGCCGAAAGAGAGACAAAACCAUCAAAGCUGAGAUCCGUUAUGUGGGACACUCCACUCUGGACAAGUAAUUCCUCUUUUUACAGCUUCUCUUGAUUCAGUAUCACAACAUCAGCCCCCCUCGCUCCCCUCCCACCUCUCUCUUUCUCCUCCUCUCCUCUUAGUCUUAGCACUUGUAGGGCAGGACUGAAGCGGGCUGACAGACAGAGCACCCAGCUGGUGUCCUGGGUCUGUUAGAGACCCUGGGAUCCACGGAGAGGAGGGGUUCCACUGGAGUGUGCACGCAGCAGCAGCAGCAGCAGCAACAGGAGCCCCGCACGCGGCAAGAACAAAAAGCGAUUGGACUCCUUGUGUGUCGUUUAAAAGCUACAGCCUGACACUGACAGUCACCAGGGGGAUUUGAGCUGUUUGUGUGUGCGUGAGUGUGUGUGUGUGUGUGUGUGUGUGUGUGUGUGUGUGUGAAAGAGAGAGAAAACACGCCUCAGGUGCAAGAGCUUUUGGACUGUAAUCAUCAAAGGAUUUCAGCUUGACGAGAGCCUGGAGUUUAAAAGAAUUUUGCACAGCUGUUGUUACCUGUUGGCUGGAAAUAGGAAGAAUACACAAUCUUUUACAAAAUAAAAGCUCGACAUUUUAAUAUCACUCACAAAGGCUGGAUCUCAAGGAGGGGAAGUUCAACAAAGUGGAGCAAGGUGGCAGCGAAAAAGAUGCCAACCACAAAAAUAAAAAAGCUUCUUUUGAACAGGGACACUGAGAGUAGGAGGAUGAUUGAUGCAAGUUAAGCUCUGAGAGGGAGAAGUGGAAAACACUGGUCAGAGUUUUUCCAGGACAUCAGAAGUGAUUUGACUCCAGCGUUGAGCAUUAGAGUUGUUAUCCACUCAGGAAUAUGAGUCCGACUCGGGAGUGAAAAAGCCUUUCAUGUGGGAGCCCGUGACUAUCUUUGAGUUUCAGAGGAAUCUGCCUUCUUUUUCUUCAAGCGCCGUCAGGAUCCAAGAGUUCUCUUUUCACGGAUUAUUCAUCCACUCAGCAGGGGGGCUUAUUGCAGGAAAUGCCAGAGGCAAGUUCAUUCGUAGGUAGUACGCCCUCCUAAACUAGAUUCCCUCCAAGCCACCGGAUUUGUCUACAACCGCCUCUGCUGUCUGCUGAUGACAUAUGGCUUUGUGAAAGGAGCUUUACUAUCAUUAAAAAUUACACAUCAGCACUGAGCCGCCACGAGAUACUGGAGUAAGUUCAAGAUGGCCGACUCCAUGCAUCCACUCUUGGUGAGCUUCGCCCUGGCCAUUCUCUUGGGUUUGACCUCUCUGGGUGGACUGAACUCUUGGCCGUCAGGUCAGGCUUUGGCCCAGGUUUCUACCAACAACCAGACAGCAGAACCUACUAUGAUACCCGAGGCUGCGCUGGCAACGCCCACACCGGAAGCGGAGGACAAAACAGCCCCGUCUAGCGGUAACCGCUGCUGGGGCUACUAUGAUGUCAUGGGCCAGUGGGACCCGCCCUUUAACUGUAACGCAGGUAUCUACCUGUUCUGUUGUGGCUCCUGCUUCUACCGCUUCUGCUGCCAGUUCAAAAUUCACAGUUUGGACCAGACUUCCUGUUCCAACUACGACACGCCCGUCUGGGCAAACACCGGGCGGCCGGUGGCACCCGUCACAGAGGUCCAAGAGGAACCAUACAAGGAUCGGACCCAUAUGAUCGUGUAUAUUAUCUGUGGAGUGGUGGCCAUCAUGGUGUUGGUCGGGAUUUUCACCAAGCUCGGGCUGGAGAAGAGUCAGGGAGGACAGACUGACAUGACCAACUCCAGGACUCUCACGGAGCUUAUGAAGCAGCCAGGGGAGGCAGGAGUGGUUGAUGGAACCGGGGUUCAUCAUCCUAUAGGGACCAACGGCAUCUCCGCCAGGUCACUACGCUCCAACAAUGGUCAGUCCUACCCUGCCCCAACCAUCUCUCCAAUGGGAGUAAAAGGCGCUGUCUAUCCCCAUGUUUAUUACCAGCCCAAUCAUAACCAUUUGAACAAUGCAGCCUUGUCUCCCCUGGGUCCAGCCAUGGCCUUGUCUCACCCUCACAACAACCUGGGAAUCGGCUUCAACAAAUACACCUCGCUGAAGGCCGUGGACACGACUGCAAGAGACUACUACAAGAGCUACCCAAUGGUAGAUUACACCCACCGCCAGUCCCCUCCCACGUUCCAACCAAUCAACUUCCACCCCAAGGACAAGCCCUUCCUCCCACCGCCUGACAUCCACGCGCCACUCGCCAUCACCAUCAACGCCUCCCAGAUCCCCAAGCCGAAGAUCUCCAAGACCAACACCCACCCCCUCACCUCCAGCUCGGCCUUCAAAGCAUGGGACCCCAGUAAGAGCCACAUCCAGCACCCGGUAGCGUCCCACAUGGGCCUGCAGGGGCAGCAGCACCACCCCAUUCAGCAGCAGCAGCACCAGCCGCUGCACCAGCAGAACAGCCGGCGCCAGGCCUACUCCAACAAGAGGCAGUUCAGCAUCGAGACGCUGCCCGAGCUCUUCUCGCAGCCGCUGAGCUACGGCCACUCGCCGCACGUGCACCCCAAGCACAAGGGACUGCCCACCAACAGCAAGACGGAAGUCACUGUCUGAACAUGAGGAUGAAUAGACAGAAGAGGAAGUGGAGUUCAAAGAAAUGCUCAGAUAUCUUUUAUAUCCACAGCCGUAAUGGCAAGAGGAGAGAAAGCAAAUAUCGUGUAUAAUCUGAAUUUUUUUUUAACAUUUUCCUCAUCAUUGUUGGCGACAAUAAUAAUAAUGUGAGUGAUAUUUGUGUAUUUUAAAGACCACUGGAUCAAAACAGCAGCAACAGAUUAGCUGUGAAGGUGGUGGAUCAGCAGGUGCCGGCUGUGACUCUUUGAACCCGGCCGCUCCUCUAAAUAAUUGAGUGGCCUCUCAGUGUGUUGGCACAGCUCUCUCCUCCUUCUCCUCUCAACCCCCUCGCACCUCAAUGACACUCUGCGCUGCUCUGUAGCACCACUCCACCACGCACAAGUCCCACACACAGACACUAUUUACUCCAAAACCAGCCCAGAUGCGCUCUCCCCACUUUUUUUUUUU